AAUGACUGUUCGUUAUAUUCGCCUUUUCUGAUCCUGGUGACUUAGUUGUAUUAACUUAAGGCAUUGAAUCAACUUUCUCACUUCCUCUUAUUUCAUCGUCAUCACAUGUGUCUAUUCUGGUACUUACGCUCCGUAUUCCUUCAAUACUAUCCUCUGACCAAACGAGAUGUUUGCCCAAUGUCACAGUCGAUGUGGCACGAUAAAGAUCUCUCCCUGUUUAAAGGCCGUAAGCAUAGGCCUAAAACUUGCAACCCUUCACUGGCAAUGGUGACGUCUCCAUAUGAGUGAAAUAUUCUCGAGUGGGACGUUAAACAAUAUACAAUAAAUCAAUCUUUCACCGGGACGUUUCGGUGCGGAUCCUAUUAUUUCAUGAAAAGUUGACAUGCAAUAAUGGCCCAGAUAUUGCACACUAAAAUUCUCUAGAAUUUAUGAACAUUUUAUUACUAAUGAAUUAUUAGCUAUAUGAUGAUAGAAAGCAAUUUGCAUUCCUUGCAAUGAUAUUCUGUAUUGUCUAAAACAGUCUCAGUGCAAAACAUAUUCACUCUUAUGUGUGUUUUACUACUCAAAUAGGUCAUCGUCAAAUUGAGACUCACUCUCGUGUCAGUGAUAUUUACCCCAUAACAUAAAUAGAUAUCAUUAUCCAGUCUUUAAGCAGGGCUCCACUCCAAUCAUCAUAGCAUCACAACGCUUGUAACAGCUUCUGUCUAUGCUCAUAUUACACAUAAAUAUGCUUGUACGUGCUUAUCUAUUUACUUUAAACAUAUAUUUCCAAAAUACAGAGUUUCUUCAAUAUUUUAAUAUUACAAAAGAUACAUUCAUAUGGAAAAGUUGAUUUUUCAGCUGUCUAGAUUUUUGUUUUCUAUGAAUAUUGUGUCAGAUACAUGUAAUACUAUAAGAGGAAAUAUCGCUCAGAAUUAUUGCUCAUUAACGCCGCAGUGCAGAUUUAGAUAAUGGAAAAGGUAGAAAUAAGGAACAUUUGUCAAUCUCAUCACUCAUAUAAAGAAUUCGAAAUUGCGAUCAGGGCAAACACGGAGCCUAGAAACCCAGCAGGUGGCAUUAGGUGCCUAGAAAGAGUUUGCAUCCCCUUUGACCUGCCGCAACCGCCCUGAUCCCUAUCUCUUCAGGUAAACGGAGUAAUCUGUAGAUGCAAGAGCCUCACAAUAUGGAAUAUUGAUUAUAUUGUGGCUUAGUGCGUUCAACGAUAUCUCGUUUUCUGCAUUAACUUGAGCAACUUUUCAAUAUAUAAGCAUACGUAACCAUCAGUGAAUUCAGACACGUAGCAUCUUUCUUUUAAAAAGUGGGUUUAGGUGGUGGCAGAUGGAGAAAAAGUUGACUUCACAAUUUGACAACUGUCUGAAAAUUGUUGACAAACAAAAACUUAAUUCUGCCCCAAUCUUAAAAUCGUUGAAGGAGGUGGAUGUUUGUCAAUCAGUACAUGAAAGCAAUUCAAUUCAAUUACGUUGUCAAAAAGAAGGUGGGGUAAGUAGCCCACUCAACCUCAUCGCCUGGGGAUGAUACAUCUAUUGGUAUCGGUCGGCUGUUAUAGUAACUCAAGAAAAUCUAACAAACUGAGUCAUUAUUCACAAACACUGUAUGGUAAACGAAAUAGCUGUUACUGUGUAUUGCCCUUCCCUUGUCGUUAUAUAAAACAGUUUUUCUCACAUCAGUUCAAAUGAUAAAGCGAUGUGAUGAUUGACCUCUAAUGCAAAUCGAUGGUAAUUUUAGAAAAGAUAAACGUCAUCUGUCUGAACAGUCUGUCUACCAGUUGUUCACAUAUUGAUUUUGAUUAUUGAUUACCCCGUUUACUUCAUCAUGAUAAGGGACUCUCGGUUUGACCGUUCGUAAGGAGAUGCUUUUAUCGUCACAGGUAGUUGAUCCUAUUUGUGCUGUUUUCAAGGGUCAGUAGUACUUUCCCUACUCUUAGUUUUGUAUCCAUGAGAUUAAUCACUGUUUUUUAUCUUCACUUUUCCAUCAGCCAUCAAUCUUGCUACAAGUUCAUAACAAUGAAAUUCGCACAUUUUGCACUAAACAUCUCCCUAUGUUUAAACGGAUGGGUUUCAAAUGGAUACGAACUUUCUGAAAGUGCUUGCAAGGAAUCACUGAAGACACUGAAACAGUAGACAAAUGUCCAUCAAACAAGACGCAAUACGAAGCUGCAGAGAGAAAGAAGAACUGUUCACGAUACAAUCACACCACGUGUAAAUCGUUUCAGUAUCACUGUGCAUUCAAUGAAAAUAUGACGGGAUUGGUAGAAGUUUGCACAACAUCUAGAUAUAUUUUGUCUGGUAGAUGUGCUGAGUUCAAUACAGGAUACAAAACUAUACGGGACAGCUAUUCAACGAACUGCACGGGCUUUGACCCUCCAUGUCCUCUGUACUACAACUCAACAGAGACAUACAAAUAUUCAGACUGCUACCGAAUGUUCGAAAUCGAGACCAACACGAUUGGGACAGCAAAGAAGACCUUUGAAAUAAAUGAAGUUGACAGUACUCUUACGACAAAGAUAGUAUUGACUAUAAGUCCCGCAAUUGUCAUGAUUACCAUCCUCAUCUUAAUCGCGUGCUUCAAAGUAGUUUACAGAGUGCCUCAAGAAAAAUCCAAUAUAGCCAAUGAUGACACAGGAGUGCCUAAAGAAAACUCCAACAUGUCCAAUGCUGGCACAGGAAUGUCUAAAGAAAAAUCCAAUAAUGCGUGUUAUUUAGAUGCAGUUUGUUAAAUCUGAUCUUUCUGCACUCAAAAUUGCUUACAAUUUAUUAGCAUAAAAUCAAAAUGUCUAUUGGCAUCAACACAACAAAAGCAACACAAAUCAAUCAUGACAUCAAAUAGAUACAUAUUCAUGUCGUGUAACAAUGUAGACUUCAAAAGGUUUAAUGCUAGUAGACUCGAAGUAAUUAAGAGCCAUUCUUUGUAACCACUUAAACAUUUAUAUAAGGGGUCCGGCACGCACUGUUACCGAUUUUUUUUUCAAAUUUGGCACAUCGACUUAAUCUGGCAUAAGUAAUGUAAAACCAUCAUAAUUUGGUUGCUAUGCAACUAUGUUGCCAUGGUAACACGUGCAUGCCAUUCAGGUCACAAAAGAGUCAAUUUUCACAUGAAAAAUGACAUUUUUUAUUCAACUAUGCUGGAUUAAGCUGUUUGAGUUCUUAUUUAAUCAUUAUAAAAUGAUAAUAUAUAGCAUUUUUAUUAUUUAGUUUGAUAUUUAGUUAAAGGUUUGAAUAAUUCUGUUAUAUUUUCAUUCUGUCUGGAAAAGAGGGUUGUUUGAUACAUUCUGAAAAAACUAAUUUUGAGGCAAAUUUGAAUGAUGGAUAAAAAUUCCUGCAUUCAGCUUGAAAUCUAUAAAUGCUUGUACAACAUACAUUAGAUAUAGUACUAUCAUAUAACAAUGAGACAUGUUUGGGAAUCUACCAUCUAAGCUGUGUUUCCAUGGAAACAAAAUGAUGCAUUUCCUCAUGAUAUGACAGUAGAGAUGCAUUUUUCAAUGUAAUUCAAAAUACAAUUUUCUAUGUAUUCAAAGUAUAUAAUCUUAAUAACCGACUGCUACUGAUGUUGGAUUUUAAAUUUUAACAAGUUUAAUAUGAGAAUUCAUGUUGGUUGCCAUGGAAACGAAAAUUGCUAUUUCUUUUCAAAUUCGAAAUCCAUGCAAAAUAAAUAAAUUUUUAGACCAAAAAAAAAAAAAUGCUUUUAUAGACAGAUUCAACUGAAGUCAAUGUUAAAGUUGAUAAAAUAUUAAUACUGAUAGAUAAUUCAUAUUACAUUGUUGCUAUGGUAACAAAAUAUCACAAAACAGCAAACUUGAUGUUCACAUUCUUUUCAAGUAAAUCUCAUUUUGUUAUACAUCAUGCAUGUUCUUCAAUCAUAAAAACUCUUAAUUUGUAACAGAUAAUUAAAUCAAUGCAUAGUAUUUUUGUUUUAGUUUUUUUUUUUCAAAUGUGCAUGAUUUCUGUGUAUUGUACAUGUAUCACAAAUUGCAUUGUAUAUCUUUAGAAUUCAUCAAAAUAACUACCAUAUUUAGAAAAUGCAUAUUUGAAUAUUUCAGUUAUUUCAAACUAUCAUGUACAUUUUUUCACCUUGCCAAUCGAAUUAAGUGUGACAUUGAAAUUGAAUCAUUGAUCUUAAAAAAUUGUUCAAGUUAAAUAAACUAAAUAGGAUACAUAAA